UGGCAUGUAUCUUCCCAUGCAACUGACUCCACGUCGUCUUCUAACUCUAAGUUUCCUCUCCAAUUUGACAUCGAAGCCAUCAUAUAGACCCCAUUGCUCUUCAAUCUCUUGCCUUGUGCUUGUUACCACCAUCUGAGCUGCAUCCAACCCCAAUUCUUCAGCCUCAAUUCUCCUUAAAAUCUUGUACGUUGAGUUUAUGUCUUCCCUAGAAAGCCUCCCUUGCUUCAGCAGUUGCUCAAACUUAUUUCUUCCCAGAGAGUGCCCAGUUAGCACCAUUGGUACAUCUAGAGCUCCAGAUAGCUGAGCAGCGACUUCUCCCGCAUCAGCAUAGUGACCAUGAAUGACAUAGGGCCAAGUUGGCUUCCCCCCAUUGACUUGUUCGCCCAAGGCUCUUGCCAUGUUAACUAUAUGGUUCAGUGCACCGUCAACAAACUCAGGAGGACCACAAGGAAUACGGAUUACGUAGGCUCCGCAACUACCACUGCCAUCUUGCGGAUAUGAUAGCAUCUCAAUUGGUUCACCAUAGUUGGAAUCUACCUCAGCAGCAUCUAUUGCUUCAUCAGUUCAAG